AACUUCGUUCUGAUUGUUCGUUGUUGAAAAUAUUUGCUCUUUGCGUGUUCGGCCGCCCCCAUACUUAUUUUCACUGCGUUCUUACAAGUUUUGUUUCGAUUGGUUGCUUUUGCAAGAAUCUAACAUCGUUGAUCUACUCUUCCUUAACCUAAUGUAAAGUGUAACUAACAGGCCCUCGUAUAAUUAAUAAAUUACAAUCUACCACUUAAUAACGACAAAAUGUUUUCACCUUUGGGUAUAUAUUAUGAACGCUUAUCAGCGCAUUUGUUUACAAUUUCCGUUGGUACUUCGGCAAUCUGAUCCUCGUCAGUUUGAAGGAUAUACGUCUGUUGAUAAGAGUUAGUUUACUAGUGUCAAGUUUCGUUACAAGCUACAAGCGAUUCAUCGAAGACACACAAUGUGCUUUCGCCUGGCGCGCUUGUAUGGUUUAUAAAGUUGCGUCAUAAUCUCUGAUGAUCCGCGUAUGCACGAGAUAUGUUAUUAAGGGUCUAUCAACUGGCGCUAAUUGGAACAGUGCUUCGUCGUAGUAAUAAAAUGGUGCUGGAAACGUCAACACGUGCUGCUGCCACUAGUGGAGAGGCUACCUUAGCUGCUAAGUCUACGUUAAAUUUUCAAGGGAUACCCGCAAAACAGCAACCAAUUGUAGAGGAUUACGAGAAUGCCGUUUCGACAUUGAAUUCGCUACAAUCUAACUACAGUGUGCUGCAAAAUGCUAGUAGCAGAAUUCAUACUCCUGAUUCAAUUCAUAUUCAGGAAACAGCUAAAUUUCUUGUUAGGAUUGGUAUAUCACUCGAAAAACUUGAUCGUCUUCCAGUUAUUCAUAUCUCCGGGACAAAGGGAAAGGGAUCAACCUGCUCCCUGGUAGAGUCCAUACUGCGUGCGUAUGGUUACCGAACUGGAUUUUUCAGCUCCCCGCAUUUAGUAUCGGUAACUGAACGAAUACGAUUAGAUGGAAUUCCCAUCGAAAAAGGGAAAUUUGCUAGCUAUUUCUGGAAUGUAUACAAUCAACUGCUCGCUAAACGUAGCCAUUCGCGAGAUUUGCCAGCAUAUUUCAACUUUUUGACGUUAAUAGCAUUUGAGGUGUUUCUACGGGAGAAUGUUGAUGUGGCUAUUAUAGAGGUAGGCAUUGGGGGCAAAUAUGAUUGCACCAAUGUGGUCAGAGGGACAAAGACCGUUGGUAUUACAUCGCUUGGCUUGGAACAUACAAAAUUACUGGGAAAUACGUUAGACGAGAUUGCAUGGCAAAAGGCCGGUAUUGUGAAAACAGGUUCGGAUGUUUUCACCGUACGCCAACCGAGUGGGUGUUUGAACAUAAUUGAAGCUGAAUGCAGGCAAAAAGGUGCAAACCUUCACGUAGUGCCUGAUUGUGACAGUUACCAGUGGUAUCGAAAGCCAAUUCUCAAUACGAGUAAUUUAGCGAUUAAAUUAAACACAUCUCUAGCUAUUCAAAUCGCUCUCAACUGGAUAGGGCACACGCGGCCUGAGCUAGUUUCUCAGAACCACAAAAUUUUAUCGAAUGUUAUCAGUCAAGGAAUAGAUACCUGCUUCUGGCCUGGUCGAUGCCAUAAAAUACGAAAGGACAAUAAACGUAUUUUUCUAGAUGGUGCUCACACGAUGGAGAGUAUAGAAGUUUGCGCUAAAUGGUUUCAAGCUGGUCAUCGAAAAGGAAAUCCUCAAUUGCUUAUAUUCAACGCUACAGGUGAUCGCAAUUCUUUCAAAUUGCUUAAACUGUUAUCCAAAUAUGUUCGUUUCGAUGGAGUGUUCUUCUGUCCUAACGUAGCUUCACAUCAGUCAACGAAUAUUGACUCAAUCAACCUAAACUUUCCUAAAGAACAGCAAAUGAAACGCUGUGAGGACAAUCUGCAGUUUUGGAACGAUCUGAUGAAUCAACGCGAAACACCAUGUACUAUAUCAUCUGUUGAAUCAUCUGUACACGCAGUACUGGAGCAAAUUGAUAACAACUAUUCAACAUGUCAAGAGUGUGAUAUUUUGGUGACUGGUUCACUACAUCUGAUAGGAACUGUUCUGACUGCGUUAAAGUUAGAAUCGCUUGUGAUUUCACCUAGCUAGAUGCAUUUUACAGUCAUUGCAUGCAAUCAUCUGGCCAAAUGCAAAAGUUGAUGUUUCUUUAAGCGAAAAGGGGAGGGAGGUGAGUAACAUCAUUAUUGUCACAACGUUGUGAUUCUUCCGCGCAUUUGAAGCUAGGGAUAUUAUACUCCAUUAAAAAUCUACAUUCACUGUUUGCCCACGUGGAACUGAAAGGAAAAAUCUAUCCAUCGCACGAAGGCGUUAUAACACCGGCUGACACCGACGAGCCUGCAAAAUAGCGCAUAAACUCUUGUAAAAACAUGUAGGUAUAUAUAGUGGAGAGGAAAACGAGUGUCUUUCCAUGAUUAUGCAUGUAAUGACUGACGCAAAACGCUGAGAAUGAAAAUAAUUGGAAACGAAAUUUCACAUGGGCUGGGAAUGGUAAUAUGCGACUGCGAAGUUGAAUUUAAAUCCAUCAAAAUGAUCGAUUCUCUUUUUGCACUGCAUAUUAUUGACAGAUGGACCAUUUUGGACAAAUUUAACAAGAGAAUAUUAGUACACAGUUUUCCUUUAACCCUCUUCCGCUUACGGUGUAUGUAGAGCAAGAUAACUUGUUUUAUUUACUUCCUCAAUCGAUGUAGACUGAUAUGGUUACAGAUACGGUUACAUUUUUUUUCUUAAUUACUAAUAUGUAUAUAUAUGUAAGUUCAUUGUGAACGAAGCAAUUACUGCUUUUACAGAAUCAUCAUCUCAAGCGUUAGAAUUUCUAUUGGGUGUGAACAGUGUUAGUUUCAGUUUAGACAUUGUAAAAUUAAUUAAUUCGCAAUAGUAAUUAUAAAGUAGACAUCAUUCGAUUUAUAGAGCUUGUGCGAUAAGGAAUUAUUGAAAAUUAACUUUGCUGUUGUAGGCGCAUAAAACUUCAAUUUGGACGAAAUUUGGGCUGAAUCAAUGCGAUGCGAAGCGAUAUUAUUAAUGAACACAUCAUAAACUCGCAAAGCUCCUUUAAUUUUUGUAUAUUGAUAAGCAUGCAGCGUGCUUCAUAAGGUGGCAGAGGAAAUGUUGUCGGGCCUAGUUCACGAAGGGCAAAUAAUAUGAACUGCUCUUGUACCGAUUGUAUUCUUUCGUCAUCCCUGCUCAGUAAAGGAAGAGGGCUCGUUGUGCCAGCUCGGUCGUGGCACAUUUCAAUUGUGAGUCAGUGAAUGCAUGACACGCAAAAAUGUCUGAGCCGAUGGCAAUCACUGUCAGUGACCAAUCGAACAUUUUGAAAUGAAAACGUACGUCAUUAGAAUCAGUUUAGUUUACAUAGUCAUAAUUCGCCAACUGAUUCGGGUCACUGAACUGUAAUAUAUUUAAAAUAUGGCUAACCAUAUUUCUGUUCCAUAUCAUUUGAACCAUUCUGAGUGGCCAAAAUAUAUUUAUUUAUUCAUAACUGUCAUCUUUUCCCUCUCUAUGUGAUUUUAGUAAUCAUUGUUUUUCCCUCUGGAGAAGCGGAGGGAAAGAAAACUGCAACAGAUUACAUAAAAAUCAUUCUAGGAUUUAUUAAGGCUUGAUGAUGUGUGAAAACUCAACAAUGCAUGGUAUUAUCCAGAGUGAACAACAAGAUAAUUGUUCUCAGUAUAUCACUGAUCAAAAAACUACAGCCAUUAGGUUUUACAUCCACCGACAUAACCCCACAAAACGAGCCGGAUGAACUUCUUUUGACAAUUCUCGGUGGUUUGUUUACAUAGAAGUUACGUGAGUUCGAAUGUAACAGAUGAGCAACCGUUGCGCUCGCACUCACGCAUCUGACAAAGUAAACAAACCACCGAGAAUUGUCAAACAUGAACUUCUUUCAUCAUGAGUUCAUUCGUGUCGUCAUCUUGUAGAACUCAAUAUGCAUACAUAAUACUGACAACUCAAGUAAUAUUCGAUUCCACAAAACCAAGAAAUAAGUUCUCCAAAUAUGUCCUGCUAGUGUCGCCUCCCCUAGAUUGAGGGGUUUGACGGUAUUGGAAACAUCAUCAAGCAUAUUGCGUGCAUCAUUGCUAAAAUAUCUCAGACAGACAAUUGCUUUAAGAUGGUUAUUGCAUUACGCCUUCGUAGUGGUGCACCGAGGAGACCUUUUUAUGUUUUGUAUUUUUCUGUACCAGCCCAUACUAACGCUCAACCAUUAUGAUUGACUUUCGCAGUGGGCCGUGUUUGCAGAUAUUGUUCCACAGUUUAAUGCCUGUGCGCGCUGGCGUAGCAGCCUAGCCGGUUGAUCAGGAUUGACUUUCGCAGUGGGCCGUGUUUGCAGAUAUUGUUCCACAGUUUAAUGGUAUUGUUGAUGAACAUGGCUCACAGUGGGGUCAUUGUGAAUCCGUUUAUCGGUGGACUUCGUCAUCGUGCACAUUCUAAUUAAAUUAAUUAAAUAAAUGUAUAAUUAGCAACCUAUUAGUGGUCGUUCUGCGUAUGUAUUCGUCUGAAUAUUUGUGACAGCUAGGUCAGGGAAUGGAUGCAAAACUAACGUAUAUGAUCAGAGCCGUAGCGUGGUCUUCUUGCGCCCUUGGCGGAAUCUCAGUUGUGCGCCCCUUUGGUGUUUACCUUGGCUUUUUUCAGUUCAACUUCAAAUAAUAAUUUGUGUACAUGGAAACGGCACUCCUUCUUCCUACUUAAUUCAUGUUUAACUGUCGUUCAUUUCAUGUAAAUAACAGCCACAAUUUUUUACUGUUUAUGAAAUCAGUUGACACAAGAUGUUUGAAGGCGACGGAGGGAGCAUCUAUUCAGAAGACUGUAUAUUAGGGUGCCAAAACCUUGUAUAGAAAAUAGGUGAUCGUUGAAUUUAAUAACCAGACGCACCUCAACAGUAUUAGAACCUAGAAAAAAGUCUCUUUGCAAAAGUUUAACUCAAUUGGACACGAUUAAGGGGUUGUGCAAAACGGCCAAAGUGCAAGAAUUUCCGGCCAUGAAAAAAUACAAAAGGAACCAUGGAAUAUUUUAAAAUUGAAUUCGAAUUUUUGAUGCUAAAUGGAUUAGGAUGUAAUAAAACGUCGAGAUCUACUUUGAAAAUUCCGGAUUUGAGUUGAUACUGGGGUUUGAAAAGGCUGCUUUUAAUUUAUUUUCUAUGCCAAAUGUCUUAGAAAUGCAUGAAACAACGGAUCUUGUAUCUUCUCAUUAAAAUUUUUUUGACAAGGUUGCCUCUCUGGUACUUUUAAUUUUUAACUGAGAUUUUCAUAAAUAAUAAAAUUAAAAAUUGUUUUAUUCUAGAAUUGCCACCAGAUUUCGACGUUUCAUCUAAUUUUAAAAUAUUUGGCAUACAAAAAAAUUGCAUUUUCAAGUUAAAAAAAAACGUUACUGGCGACAGGACUUUCACGAAGAACUAAUGCGUUUACAUGUCCGCUCACAAAGUUGAGAUCGGCGGUGUAGUUAUCGAUUCGAACAUGGCAUGUGUGGAUUUACUGAAGAACGAGAUUGUCUGUUUCAAUGAUCUGUUGCUCCAGUGAGCGAAGAUUUUGAUUGACAAUCGCACUGGACGGGACAAAAUAUGAUGUCGUUUCAAACUAGUGUCGGGUCACCUUUUGCGAGACUGCUUCGCGUCUUCUUCGACAAGGAUCGUCUGCAUGGUCGGUUGCUUGUGCCGCGCGUCAUGUAUGCAGUAUUACACUAAUUAUAAGCAAAUGGGUCUUUGUAAGACAUAUUUUUCUCUUUCUUGAAGGGCCGUUAGAUAUUGGCAAGAAAAAGCUCGACCACAAAUCCGAAGCAAACAGCUUCUGGUCUUAGACAAUUUAGCAGAAACAGAGUAUUUUGAACGCUUCCAGGAACACCAAAAGUCUCAUGUGACAUGAAAUGACAUGACCAGAGAUUCAACUUGAUGCAGGAUUGGUUGGACCUAGGCUGGAAACCGUCGACUUUGUGAUAUUGCGGAAUUCAUCCCGGCAUCAAGGAGACAAUUUUUAGAGUACGGCAUGGGUUUAUUUUCUCGAUGAUAUAAUCCUUCGAAUGUUCAAUUUGUGCAUUCGAUUGUAUUCAUUCGGGAAGAUAGGAUUGGAUAAAUUAAGGUACAAUCAAUUUACCGACGCACGUGAAUCGAGUAUUCCCGGUCAGCAUAGCAUGAUGACAUUCUAACUUAAUGGUAAAUAAACAUCAUUUGCAGGUAUUUAGAGCAUGAGCAUGAGCAUGAGCAUGAUGACCGUACAAUUCGUAGUUGCUACUCCGUGAUUGUCCAGAACAAGCAAAAUUGCACAGAGAAUCAACGAAUGGAGCCUGGGAGUAACUAUCCAUUCUCAAUGUGCACGUUUCGAGAGUUCUAUACUUUGAAAGGACAAUAACGGCGCCGGCCACGUCCUUACAGUCAUCGGGGAAGGAAAGGAAUGUUAGUGUAGCAUACGUUGUUAUGGAGACUAGAGAUGGGCCAUUCGUUCGCGAACGGUUCAAGUGAACUGGUUCUUCGAAGAGAAUGAGCGAACGGAAGUUCUUUUUAAAAGAACGGUAGUUCUCAAUUCUCUUCAAAGCGAAUGAACUGAACCUGACCUAAAGCCGUUUGGCGAAUUUCUCGGACCGAUUUUUAGGCGAACGAAUGAAAAUGAACCGACUUGCCGUCCCACAAACCGCUCUCUGUGCUCUCCCAGAAUGGAACCGGCGAAGAACGACUCAUCACAUUCUCUAUUUCUCUAGUUAUACAUCAUGAAGAAAUCGCUACCCUUGAUGAACUUGUUAAGCAUACAGGGGUAUAAUAGUUUGGGCAGCAUCUGUUUAGUUCCUCUCCAAGAAUCGAAUGUUUUGAGAGACAUUCGCUAGAUACAAGUAAAUUAUCAGCUGAACGGAAGAAAGGUUCAUCUGAACUAGUUCUUUUUACAGAACUGUUCAGUCGGGAAUGGUUCUUCGAAGUGAACUGUUUCGCCCAUCUCUAAUGGAGACCGUGUAUACCUCUGCAUCUCCACGUUUGCCACGGGAAGGAGUUUUUGUUAGUCGGAUGGGGUAAAGAGUUACACAAAUCUGGAUUCACCUUGAUAAGUGAUGCGAUUUAUGCAAGUUCAAAAAGUAUUAUCAUGUGUUUAUUGUUCUGGGCAACCGGUUGCCGAGAAUAUAUGAAAGAUUUAAGGUUUGUUGAAUUAAUUCGGCAAUGUAAAAAUGUAACGUCAGCUCCGGACAGAGGACUGUGUGUUACUUACAUUAAAUUGAAUCAAACGGCUUGCGAACGAUUUUAUUAUCCCUUGCUUCUGUUAUCCGGCGAAACACGAUAUCCAAAGAACAAUACAAAAUAACGGGAUUAUUUUUACUUUCCCUUUCUCGAGACAUUUGCCGAAAUAGAAGCGGUUAUAGUUAUGUAAUGGAAUAUUUCGAAGUAUAGAUUGAUAUUAUUUUAAGCAAUACAACGACAGCUAUGUAAUGUUUCUUUACACCACGAACGAUUGAGUGAGAUACCGACUGUUAUGCAAUUAAUAUUCGCGCGCGAUUUCAUGUGAGUGAUUUUUGAGCGGCAUACGAUCAGCACCACCUAGAUACCUGAAACGACCGACUUUGUAUGUCGAACAUACAACCGACAACAGGCUCGCCUUAUAUUUGGCUAACUACUAAAAAUUGAAGGAAGAAUGGACACGAAAACCAAAUAUAACUGAUAUAUUAAUAUAUAACAACGUGCUAAAAAUUUAAAAUGUAGAAAAUACAAAAAUGAAGAAGCGAUUGACACAUACCAAAACAAGUUUUUUUCUGCAUCACCCUCGCCAAGCAGAGAUUCGGCAGAAAAAGUAAGUCUAGAGCCCUUAAUGAAAACGACACAUCCACAGUGAGUGAACCCUCCCUGACAACCCCCUCUUUCGAUCGUUACGGCAUCACUGUAGCACUUCUAACUUAUUUUACAAUACAGAUAGAAAGACGGUGGUUUUGAUUACACUGAGGAAAAGGCACUUAAGAAUUUCAUAAGUCACGACUUAUGAACCUUCACAUUUGUGAUUUCAUUAGACGCUUAUGUAUUCCAUAAUCGAAUACAUGAAUUUCAUAUGUUCGCAUUAUUGAUUCCAUAGACGAGUCUUAAGAUUGUUAUAAAGAAUAGUAUUGUGAAAAUGUCAUAAGAUACAACAAAAUGGAUGGGAUUAGCUUCAAAUUAGGUGUGUUGCAAUUGAACCAAACUAGCUGUUUAAAAUGAGUGUAAAAUAAAUGUGACUUUAUUUUGUGUUCAUAGACCAUGGUCUCAUAUUAUUUAUAUUUGACAGCGCCUACGCAAUAUUGUGGCAUAACUGAAUCUAUUACGAUGGAUACUUAGCCGAACCAUAGUGCUCAGAAACUUACGGCUUCCAAGUAGGUGAACUGGAGACUUGUUUGAAAAUGUAUGUACAUUAUUUUAAUGAUUUUUAAAAUAUAUGGCUAGAAAAAGGAAAUACAAAAAGUGUUGUUAUUUACAAUCUCUUACCAUGAUGAAUAAUAUACCUAAGUAUAAUGGCAUGAAAAUCAUAAGAGCAUCCUCAGAAAUUCAUAAGUAUGGCUUAUGAAAUUCGUAAGUGACCCAAUAGCCAUUUUCCCCUCUAAAUCAUAAGACACACUUAUGAUUUCUAUAUGGGAUCCUUGUGGCGCAAAUUCAUAAGUAGUUCUUAUGGAUUUCGAUAGUUAUUUUAUCUCGGUGUAGCAUACUACGCAGAGUUGAUGGAGAGAAAGUAACCAAUGAGAGUCGCUCACCGUAGACACGUCUCCCUGAAAAAAAGCCUCAAGAAGUGUGUAGUUUUCAUCUCGGUAAUUCAUGUUAGGUAAAAAUCCCCCUGGUCGAAUAUCAACCCGCAACAUCACCCAUGAACGCCCCCCUGGUGACAUAUUUAUAGCUGACAAUCCAAGGAAAAAUAGGAUUUUGACAGGAUUCCAGUGCGCCUCAUGUCUUUAUGUUUAUUACACAUACCAAGAACACCAAAUCAUGUGAUAUGAUAGCCGGAAGAUUAGAGAAGCAAACCCAAUCACAACAAUUACACAGGUUUUUGGUGAUACCAAGCAGGUUCAUUGGACAAAGAUACCGACAGCCAUGGUCAAUCUGUCCUGUGUAGCAACAUUCAAUGUUAAUUCCAGCAACGCCGGCUCAUCAUACCACAUCAGGAGCACUGCCGCUCCACACACAAUCAUCUCAACCACCCUCACAUCAAAUUACACCAUUUGAUCACAAACACGUUGUUCAUCAUCAGCGGGCGAUACACGUUCAAUAUUUUGACGUAUUGAUGGAAUACUUUCAAUACGUCAAUAUCUCUCCAAUGCACAUUCCUUCAUCACGCAUACACCUCCAGCAGGCACCCAACGAGUGCACCGACCGAACACGUCCAAUGAAUAAAAUCUACCGCAGAAGAAACGUCUACGUGUGUGCGUAUAAUGGAAACUUCAAACGCCUCACUCAUCAUUGAUUAAAAUAUUGCGAUUCGCACGAUCCGUCGCUCCUUCGUCAACGGUACAUUACAUCAACGGGACGUCAAUUAUAUGCAGGUCCCAUGCAGGCGUUCAAACAGAACAAAAAACAACACAACGUUUCGGUGUUCGCACAAGGAAAUGUAUUCCACUCAUCCCGAAGCACCGGUGAAGCGACGUUGAUGCUCUGCUCCGCUAACUGAAACCGACGUACCGUGUGAUUGAACGCUACUCUGAAAGUAUAGACAGUAAUCACAUCUCAUCCGUCCACCACUAUACUGGUUGCCACAAUGCGCAAAAACCU